AUGACCAUAUACAAUCUGUUGGCAGGAGAGCGGCAGCACAUGGCAACGGAAACACCCUACUUCCGGCGGCUAGCCGACUCCUUCCGGUCGCUUCCGGCAAGGGGCGUGCUGGCCCUCGCGUCCGGCUUCCUGCUGCAGCUCUCCAUGGGCAGCAUGUUCACCUUCGGUAACCUCACCACCUACCUGACGUCGUACCUCCACGUGCGCGGCGGCCAGGACGUGAGCUACGGUCAGACGGUGUGGGUGGGCACGGCGCUGGGGAUCGCCGAGGGACUGACCCUGCUGCCCGGCAGCGUACUGUACCAGCGUCGUGGCCCCCGCGUCGUCGUGCUCCUGGGCAGUGUGGUGGCCAGCGGAGCCAUCGCGCUGACCAGCCUUACCGUCGACACGUCCCUCGCGUGGGUGACGAUGACGUACGGCGUGGCGAACGGCCUGGGCGUAGGGCUGGUGUACGGCGUGCCGCUCCUGGUCGGCUACAAGUGGUUCCCAAACAGCAAAGGCUUGGUGAGCGGCGUGGUGGUCGGAGGCUACGGUCUGGGCGGCAUACUCUUCACCACCAUCCAGACAGGCUUCCUCAACCCCGACAACGUGUCGCCGGAGGAGGACGGCUUUUUCCACGACGCAGCGCUGCUGGACCGUGUUCCGAAGGUGUUUCUGCUGCAGGCAGGGGUGUGCGCCGUUCUACAGUUGGUGCGUCUGGAGGCCCGUGCGUAG